GAUUUGAUCCCACCUUUGCCUCAGUCUGGUUGGUGGACGAGCCGUGCGCCGGUCACGUGUGAAGAGCACAGCCCCGUGUUGAUUUGGAGAAAGACAUCGCAAAGCGGCUCACUUCUUCAUUUCGGACAGUCACUGGGCUCUGAGAAACGGAACACCACUCUACGGUCCUGUGCCAAGCAAAGCAUUUGCGACGUGAUACACUUGCUGCUGGCCGAUAUUGAGAAUGAAGCACCGGUACAUUUCCUAUCUUUCCGACCCUCGCUGCGAGGAGUCCUCAUAUUUUUCCUGUGCUUGAUCGGUGGAGCCUGCCUACUGCUGUCCAUCAUUAAUGAUUUCAACAUGGGGUUCUUUCUGGGUGCGGCCGCUGCGUUCAUUGCUCUUGCUAUCCAUGACAAACUGAGCGGCGCGUGA